AGAAGAAGAGGAAGAAGAAGACAUUGCGGAAGUACGGCUCCCAAACAGAUUCCCGUUGGAAGAGUAAAAUACAGUAGAUCGCCUUCCUUUCAUUAAAAACUAAUUAAAUCUUGGACUAACCAUUCCUCAGUAAGACGAUGGGCACUAGAGAUGACGAGUAUGAUUAUUUGUUCAAAGUGGUCCUCAUCGGUGACUCAGGCGUGGGGAAGAGUAACCUGCUGUCCCGUUUCACCCGCAACGAGUUCAACCUGGAGAGUAAGAGCACCAUCGGAGUCGAGUUUGCCACGCGCAGCAUCCAGGUGGACGGCAAGACGGUGAAGGCCCAGAUCUGGGACACAGCUGGCCAGGAGCGCUACCGUGCCAUCACAUCAGCGUACUACCGCGGGGCGGUGGGGGCCCUCCUGGUCUACGACAUUGCCAAACAUCUAACUUAUGAAAAUGUGGAGCGCUGGCUGAAGGAGCUGAGAGAUCACGCUGACAGCAACAUCGUCAUCAUGCUGGUGGGCAACAAGAGCGACCUGCGUCACCUCCGGGCUGUUCCCACCGAUGAGGCGCGGGCUUUUGCUGAGAAGAAUGGUUUAUCUUUUCUGGAGACGUCGGCUCUGGACUCCACCAACGUUGAGACGGCCUUCCAGACCAUUCUGACAGAGAUCUACCGUAUCGUCUCCCAGAAGCAGAUGUCGGAGCGUCAGGAGAGCGACAUGUCCCCCAGCAACAACGUGGUCAACAUCCAGGUGCAGCCCACUGAGAACAAACCAAAGAUGCAGUGCUGUCAGAACAUCUAGCCCUGCCGUGGAUCUGCUGCUACCCCCUCCUCCCCCUCUCUCCCACAGUCCUCGCCUCCCCUCUCUCCCCCCCUCCCUCCCCAGCUCCCAGCUCACACCUCCUCUGACCCCGCCCUCAGAAAAUAGACUGCCUCAGUGUACUGUGCGGUGCGGGAGGGACGAGCCACAGCUCCCAGGCUGUGACCCGAACUCUGCAUCUAUCUGUACCUGCCUCCCCCACCCAAACCCCUCCUCCCCCGCCCCAGGUAAAUAUAUCCCAGUAUAAGAAGUCACCGCGUGGGGUGACCCCCCAAGCAGAGCCCCUCUGUCGUCAGGCUACUGCAGGACAGCAGGCAUUUCAUAUCACUUUAGAUUUCAUUACUGUAGAUGCGCUGACAUGUCACGAAAAUGUCUUAAUAUAUGAAUGUGAUUUGUUUUCUUCUCUUCAUACUUUGUGCUCCUGUUGAUUUCUCCACUUUUUUUAUGAUCGUUCUGUCUCGUAUCAUAUAUCUACGACUAGGUAUAUAUGAAUUUAAAGCACAUCAAAGUUGCUCUGAAGUGUAUUCCCAUAUACAAGCUUCUCCGUCAUUUUAGGCUCCUCCCCCUCUUCUCCUCCUCUUUAGUGCAAUGUACUGUUUUGGAAACAUGUGGAUGUAUCGAGCGCAGUGUAGACACGUGCGCUCAGGUAGUGUCAUGCCAUUUGGUCUGAUUGCUGUGAAUACGAUGCUAUUGAAACGUAGAAACUUUUGCAUUAGCCGAGCUUCAGUUAGCGCAGCGGAAGGAGCGGGGCGUGAGCUUGCAUGUAGCGCGUUGUCGUCACCGUGUUUACGGCGGGUGGCAGGGUCGGGCCAGCUUUGCAUGUCCUAUAAAGAUGGCACUCUGCUGUGCUGCAUGUUUAAUCUGGCGAAAGACUCAAGCUGGACUCUGUGUGGAACACUAUCGUCGCCUCAAGGGUGCGUGAUCUUUAGGCCGUCACCGUGAAAGCUGAACACAACUCCCGAACAUUCAGACGUUCAUGUCGUCCUACUUUACGUCUCCGUGUGGCUUUGUGCAGAGAUCGUCGUGCUUAUACUCAGAAGGAUCGAAGACACAUCAAGCUUUCCUGCUCCGACAUUAGGAAACAUUCUUUUUUCACAUAUUGACUACAACUAUGCAGAAACUAGCACACAGCUGUUUGGACUUUUUGUUUCUUAGUGCACUUCUAUAGCAAAUGAAGGAAUAAACACAGCGGAAGUAACUGAUGUAUUCUCCUAUGACAUUCUUAUGAUACUCAAUAUUAUUAUAAUCAAAAACCUCCUGUCGUCUCGCAAAUUAUGCUUCGCAUGUAACCACAGAACUGUAGUUAGGAUGCACCUGAGAAAGUAGGAAAUGUCUCACCCUCUAGGUUGAUUUCAUGAGCGUGAAGUCGUCACAAUCUUGCACUGAACCUUAAAAACAUGCUUCUUGUCUAGGGUUAGAUUUUUACUGCACAUGGAGAAUCUGGACCUCUUGUCAGAUAACAUACCGUUUAUUUAUUAAGGCGGUGCCACUUCUCAAAAACCAAAAUGUUAUGUUCAGCACUGCAGAACAUAGGCUGAGUCUCAGAAGUCUGUCCUCGAGUCGUCUCACUGACAGAAAAGGUUUGAAGGAGACGAGGAAACACUCGAGGGACUCAGCCACAUUCUUGCCAACUUCUGGUCACAGUGCCUCCUUCACCGUGCGUACCUGUCAGAAAACACCUCUCAUUCACCUGCUACUAACUCACCUUCAUACCCUCCUCCUCCUCAACCAGUCCCCUCCCUCCGUCUGUCCCUCAGGGGGACGGACAGCUGUGUUGUCCCCGUCACAUUAAGCCUACGUACACCGAGCUGCCUCUGACUUCAACACAAUGCAUGGCUUUCUGUUACGACUGCAACUCCGUGUCGUAUCGCCUUACGUAGCUGACAUUGUCAUUACUGUUCAUGAAAUCUGCUGAGGGUUUCGGCGCGGCCGGCGAGGAUGACGUGCUUAACGAGCUAACUGUUGUGCCCGGUCUGUAAACUGACAGAUGCCUCGCUAACAAACCUACUCGCUAAACCCCCCCCCCCCCCCC